AAAAAAAUCCCCCAAGACUCUCCGUUCUCUCUCUUCCACCUCCCCCAGACCCGACGCGAAACGCUCGACCCGACCCGAGUUAUCCUGUCCUCCGGCCGCGGACCAGAGGCAGACCGACUCGGCGCGGCCUCCCCGCCUUCCCCACGGCGUCGCCUCACCCCGCCUCCUCCAGACCGAGAUCGAAACACCCACAGUCGCGCAAAACGGGACCGGCCAGAAAACUUCUUUUCCAGGAAUUCCCUCGGCGAUUGGUUAGCAUUUUGGAAUCAUCUCCUUCUCUAGAUCAUCCCCAUGUCCGCCUUUCAUCACUAUUUGGAGUGUAGAGCGCUAGAUCAAGCGUUGAAUGCGGACGGUCCACAGUGAAUCUGGGUUUGAAAUCAACGGCCGUGAUUAAUCCAAAUUCAAAGCUUGAUUUAGGAUGAUCUAGACCGAAUCUUGCUUAGCUCCAGGUGAUUGAUGGAUCGAUUGGUGGACGAUUUUGGAUCGUUAUUUUUAGGCUGUUAAGAAGACGCAGCGGGAUCAGAGGUGAUGGAUCUUCAGAGAGGCAGUGCUAAAGGUAAAGGCAGGUUUCCCACUCAGAAGGAGUUUUAUCGAGAAGAUGAAGUGGAAGCACCGCUUUUGGUGCAGCCUGUUCUGCCAGUUUUUGAAGGCAUUAAUACUACUCGCCUAUCUUGGGUGACUGAGGAAGUUAUGAGAUUGGGGGCAGUCGCAUUUCCUGGUGGUACAGAUUACAUGCUAGCCGAAUGCUGGAUCGAGAACAUGGAGACCUAUUUUAAGAUGAUUAUCUGUACUGACGUUGAGAAGUGGAUAGUAGCUACAUUUCUCCUCCAGGAUGAGGCAAAACAGUGGUGGAAUUUUGUACUGAAGACAAAGGAUGUAGCCACCUUGACCUGGAAAUGUUUUGUGGGACUCUUUCGAGAUAAGUAUUUUCCGGCUUCAGCGAGGGAGCAGAUUGAGUUAGAGUUCAUUGCUCUAACACAGGGGACCAUGACGGUGAGAGAGUAUGAGACACAGUUCACCCAGCUAUACAGGUUCGUUCCGCAGAUGGAUGCUCGAGCCUUGGCUAAGAAGUUCCUGAGGGGACUGAAUCACAUGAUUAGGGAAAUACUGUAUCCCCUUCGGUUGGCUACUAAAGCAGACAUCUUUGCUAGUGCCAUGGCCCAUGAACAGGCGGCCAACAUCCGUGCAAGUGAACAGGGGGCUGUGAGGGAAUCCCUCGGAAAGGGGAAGGCGAUUAUGGGGAGCAGCAGUUCCAGGGAUCAUGGAGGUGGGUCAUGGAAGCGAAAGCGGACUCAUUUCCAUCCACAGGCCCCAACCAGGAUAGAUUAUCAGCACCAAGCCCCAGCUAGGGCAGCACCGGCCCCAUUUAGGGUUGUACCUGUGAGACAGGCAGCACCAGGAGCACCUGCUGCACCAGCUGCACCUGUGAGGUGCUAUAACUGUGGCGAGCAGGGUCACAUCUCUCGUGCGUGCACGAAACCGCGUGGCAGAGUAUGCUACAACUGCGGGCAGACAGGGCACUUUGCCAAGGAGUGUACCCAACCUCAGGGUAGGGUACAGGGAAACCAGCAGAGGCUACUACCACCGGCACCGGCUAGAGCCUUCGUUAUUGGCCAGAGAGGCACUGGGGUGGAAGGUGAUUGACAUAUCGAUUGGUGGACGAUUUUGGAUCGUUAUUGUUGGGCUGUUAAGAAGACACAGCGGGAUCAAAGCGGAUAAUCUUGCAGGUAAGGUGAAUCAGGGCGGUGAUCGAGCUGUUUAGGGUAGCAGCAUUGUUUAUUCGCAUUUCUUUUGUGAGUUUUUGUUAUGCUCAUUUAGAGCUUUACAUUUUUACUUUGUGAGAGUGUGUUGUAAUAAUUAACUUGAGGAUUCCGGGAUUUUGUAAUUCGAGUGGCCUGUGGUGUGUCUAUUUAAAAAAAAAAAUCAGAACGUUAAUUUGGUUUAGUUGAUUA